AUCCUCCAUAAAUCGAGGGUUUUAAACUACCCUUUGCAGCCUCUUUGUCCGAUCAUCAUCUUCUUUUCCCCCUCUCUCUCCUUCUACUUCUUGAACCGUUUUCUGCUUUCUCUAACCAAAAAAAUGGCGGAACUAAAGAAGAAGUUAGCUUACGAAGAAUGCCGAUUGAAGAGAAUCGAAGAGAACAAGAAGAGAUGGCAAGAGCUGAAGCUAACUAUGCUUGCUGAAGAUGUUCACAACGCUACGAACCCUAAGCCCUCUCCUAUGAAGAAGGCGAAGCCGACGGUUAGGCAGGAGGUGGAUCGCUCUGCUGUGAGAAGGUCCAAUCGUGUUGCGGAUAAGCCUCCUCCCAACUAUAAAGAAGUUCCUAUUGAACCUUUGGGACGACCAAGAAGCUACAAGCGAAAAGAUUUGUUAAAUCGCGUCUAUGCUGCAGACGAAGAUAGGCAGUAUGCUAUAGGAAGAGCAGAGCAGUUGCAAUCAGAGUUAGAUGUUGAUUUCCCAAGUUUUGUGAAACCUAUGCUGCAAUCACAUGUAACCGGUGGAUUUUGGCUGGGUCUUCCUGUUCAUUUUUGCAAGACACAUCUACCUAAACACGACGAAUAUGUCACCUUGGUUGAUGAGAAUGGAGAUGAAUUUCAAACAAAAUACCUUGCGUUGAAGACGGGCCUGAGUGGUGGAUGGAGGGGGUAUGCCCUUGAUCAUGAAUUAAUUGAUGGUGAUGCACUAGUUUUUCAGUUGGUUGCGCCAACAAGAUUUAAGGUUUACAUCAUAAGGGUUAAUCAAGUGGAAGAUUAGGAGACACAAGAUAAUGAAAUAUAUCAAGGAACAAAAAUGCCAUUCACCUGAGUGUAGCUUUUGGGAUCACCCUUCUCUCCUUGUAGAUGUCCAAAUUAUUUAGGAACCUGGAGCAAGCAUCAUUGUAAUUAUUAUUGCUGCUUAACUACUCCUUUGACAUAAUAACUUAGUACUAAUGCCGAAAUAUCAACCAUCCGACUCGUAUGGUGCAAUAGUUUUUGUUCAUCCUGGAGCUUAUCCUUUUAUUUUACAAGGUUGUAUUUAGUCCUAGUUAUUUAUUUAUUGGACAUCUCUGAUUUUGUCUGAUAUUCCCGACGGACAGCAUUAUGUUAACUAAUAUGUGUUAUGAGACAUUCAAAUUUUACAAAACAUUAAAGGGAGAUUGAAAUUCAAGCA